AAGUAUCAUUUUGUGACUCUUCAAAUAAAGUUACAAAACAAAAAAGAAAUAAGCUAUAGAAUGAGUUAUUAUCCCUCACUGCUCCUACACAGCAUGCACCAGAUCCUGUCAGUGCCCAUCAAUGCCACCUGCCAGUGCCCAUCAGUGCCACAUCAAUGCCACAUAUCAGUGCCUACCAGUGCACAUCAAUGCCACAUAUCAGUGCCCAUCUGAGCUGCCUUUCAGUGUCACCUAUCAGUGCCAGUCAGUGCCACCUAUCAAUGUCAGUCAGUGCUGCCAAUCAGUGCCACCUAUCUGUGCCCAUCAG